AUGUUUAUGCCCCCAGCCUUUCUCCUGCUGGCGCAGCUUCCACAAGCUGCAAGUACAAACACAACGCUCGAAGGCUGGCAGUUCGACGACAACUCACGUUCGACAUGGACAAUAGUGUGGAUGUGUUUCUCGACAAUUCUCGCUUGUACCUGGACCGUUCUACGAGUCGAUGUUCCGUCGCGCAGGUGGAGUAAAUUCCAGCGCACGGCAGUCAAAGUGUUUCUAUGGUUACUGGCCGUGCUUUGUCCAGAAGUUAUAGCCUGGGGGACGGUAGUGGAGAUGUUUGCGGCGAAAAGUAUAGCCUCCUCGUGCAACUCUGCUCAAGAACCAGUGAGCCGAGAACCCAGACCAAGAGAAGGGACUUCAGCGCAGGAAGGUCAGUCGUGGACAAUUGCGCAAGGCUAUUGUAUCAAAAUGGGUGGGUUGGUCUUGCAAACGCAAGAUUAUUGGGUAUAUACCGUCACGCCUAAAAACAUUUUAGCGUUCAUAAAAUCAGGCGUUAUCAGUAGUACUGAUUUCCGAGACGAGGACAUCGAAGAUCGAUCUAAGGCCGAUGCUCUGGGGAUGGUGUUUACGAUCAUCCAAAGCGCCUGGGCUAUGUGCAGUAUAAUAGCACGGGCUACGUACUCGCUAUCUAUAUCGCCUCUUGAGCUUGGGACGAUUGCGUACGUCGCUUGCGGCAUCUUGACAUAUGCCUUCUGGUGGCAUAAACCGAAGGACAUGACCACACCGAUCAGCAUACCCCUGCGAUAUGACCGGGACAAUACCCCCGUUGCAGUUCGGAAUGUUAUGGAUGCAACCCCGCAGAAUUGGUUCAAUUUGCGUGGGCCCUCACCUGAGAAUAGUAGUUCCUCCGCCCCAAAAGAUAGCGCGGGACGUUUCACCUUCUUCUUUGGGGAUGGACCUGCCCGAUAUCCUUCACAAGAUGGCAAUAGUGCCAUACGAUUAUCUCACGGUAGAAAGGCCCUAACAGCUGUUUUUGCCACAUUAAUUGCUCUCGUUUUCAGUGGUAUCCAUGUUGCUGGGUGGAACUUUAUUUUCCCGACACAUGCUGAGAAAAUAGCCUGGCGAGUCUUUACAUUGAUUGCGAUCUCGUCCUCCUUUCUUCCGCUGGUUGUUGCGCAGGGCCCUCUCAUGGCUGUGUUGCUUGCGAAAAAGAAUAGACUUCCUGCAUUCUUGAAAAGCCUGGGGGACCCGAACUCCAAGGUCACGAUUCUUGAGAUUGUGCUCGCGGAUGGAUCCCUGUAUCUGUAUUUCAUAGCGCGAUUUGGAACUCUUGCUCUUAUGCUGUCGUCAUUGAGAGCUCUCCCUGCCGAUUCAUAUAUCACACCCAAUUGGGUUUCGAGCAUACCCCAUGUAUAG